AUGUGGGAGUUCAGGUGUUUGGGGAACUAUAAAAAGGCUUUGGAAGGCUACCAGGAUUGGGAGCAACCGGGAUGGGAGCAAUUUGGACUGCUGAGAGGAAGCAAGAUUCCCAGCCAUCUGGUGCCUCACCAGCUGCUCUUGGUGCAGGAUGAAACUUAUCUCAAUUCAGCGACCCAGGCCUCAGGCAGUGGGGUGGAAGGAGCAUCGCUGGCCUCACAGGUGCUGUCUGCAGGAUGCACACCCAGACUGGAUGUUGGAAAUUGGACGAAUCUCUCGUGGUAUCUCCCUGUUUGGUCAGCACAAACAGAGCGUUUCCUCAGCCGUGCACUGGAGAAAGACUUGGAUCAUCCCUGUUUGUCCCAUGCAGUGGCUCAUCGGAUGUUUCUAGAGAAGCUUCUGCGAUGUCCUUCCUUCAACAAACCUUGCACUGGGGGCACCUGGACUGGCAGCUUUGCUGAUGGAAAGAAAAUGCUGUCUGGAUGGCUGGUUCCCAUGGAGAGCAAGGAAUGUGGCUCCUCCAGUUCAUCCGGGACUCUCUUCCCACAUCGGUUGCUAAUGAAGGAGAGUGUUGUGUUUCAAGAUCCCUUCCUGCUGCAAGACUCUGGAACUGUUAGAGAACAUGGUGAAAGAAGUCAACCCUCACUCCACAGACUCAUUCCAAAGCAUAUAUUAAAGGCUGCCCAGACAACAUUAAUACUUCUAGCAAUGUGACCUCGAGAAUGACCUCUGGAGCAUGAAGCUUACAG